AGGCCGGCUUGCAAACCUAUGAAGUACGCACAGUUGAUGCGUUGAAUUCCCUCGCUUCCCAAUUGGCUGAGCUGACUGCCAAUGGAGCUAAUGCCCCAAGCCGAGUGGGCUUGAUUAUCUCAUGUGGCAGCCCAGUUGAACUUACCGAACCGGUAGACCUGCGCGCGCAAGUGUGCAAAACGACUGCUGCCAUGCUGCUAUUCCCAGAUGCGCCAGUGGUUGGCAUUUGCUACGGCAUGCAGCUGCUUGCGCUCCUUUACGGCGGAUCGUUGAAGGAGCAACGAGACACCGCCCACAAGGGAGUGUGGGCAGAAAUGAGGAAAACAGCGGGAGUGACAUCUCGCUUGC